AAUUGCAUCAACUUGUGCAAGACAAAGACAAAGAACCUGAAGGAAGUCAACCCCGUCCACAGACACAAGAAGACAUGUUGCUUCAUGUACUUGGCCCAAAGUCUGGAUAUACUCGUGGUAAAGGAAAUGGAUACGGAGGCUCAGCCAAAGCAAGAUUGCAAGUGGAACAACAACAAAAAUUGAGGCAGCAACAAGAAAAAAUAACUCAUCUCCAAAAUGAAUUAGAGGCAACUAAGAAAGAGAUGGAAGAAUACAAAAUGAAUCAAACCCGCACUAUUGCUGCGUUGGAGGAACGACUUAUUGAGAUGAUAACUCGUAAGACUAGGAAAGAGCUUCAUGAUGAUGAUGAUUACGAAUGAGAAGUCCUGUACAAGCUGAAAGUUGGACUUUUAUAUAUGAUAAUCACCUUAUAUGAGAAGUGAUUUUUUUCAUUUAACAUUUUAAGUAAAGUUAGACUAUGCGUGGAGUUGGUUGUGCAGAAUUACAAGACGUUUUAUACAGUG